GCUAUGAGGAAGGCUGGUGUUGCCCAUAAUAAAUCCAGCAAAGAUAUGGAGAGUCAUGUGUUUAUGAAGGCCAAAACAAGGGAAGAAUAUCUUUCUCUUGUGGCCAGACUUAUUAUCCAUUUUCGAGAUAUUCGUAAUAAGUAUUCAUCUACCUUCUUUUUAGCCCAACUUCAGCUUCAGCAGAUAGCUCAGCAGCAACAGCAGCAGCAGCAGCAAUUCCAGCAGCAGCAGGUGGCUUUGCAGCAGCAGCAAUUCCAGGCCCAGCAGUCAGCCAUGCAACAACAGUUUCAGCAGCAGCAGCAGCAACAACAGCAGUUGCAAGCCGUCCAGCAGCAGCAACAGCACAUGCUGAAACUGCAGAUGCAGCAGCAGCAAAACCAACAGCAGCAGCAACAGCAGCAGCAGCAACUACAGCGAAUUGCCCAAAUGCAGCAGCUGCAGGCAGCACAGGCUAUGCAGGCACAACAGCAGCAGCAACAGCAGCAGCAGCAACAGCAGCAACAAAUACCACAACAACAGAUACAGCAGCAGCCACCUCAACAAGUAAUGCAACAGCAGAUGCAACAGAUGCAGCAGCAACAACAGCAGCAACAGCAGCAGCAGCAGCAACAACAACAACAGGUUGCUCAGGCACAACAGUCUCAGCUUCCACCACAAUCCCAGCCUCAACCCCAGCCCAUGGUAUCUCAGCCACAGGCAAUUUCAGGACAAAUUCCUAGUCAGGUUAUGCCUGUUACACUCACACCACAGCAAUUAAAAGCAAUGCAGGUAAGAGCUCAGCUGGUCCAGCAGCAGCAGGCAGCGGCAGCAGUGCAAGCAGCUCAGGCCCAAGCUGCUCAGAUGGGAGCUUCAGGGCAGGUCAGCCAGAACAAUAUUACCAUGAUGUCAUCCCCAUCUCCUGUCCAACAAGCUCAAACACCCCAAUCAAUGCCUCCGCCACCACAGCCGCAGCCAUCUCCUCAGCCAGGCCAGCCAACUUCUCAGCCAAAUUCCAAUGUCAGCUCUGGCCCAGCUCCAUCACCCAGCAGCUUUCUCCCCAGUCCAUCUCCACAACCAUCCCAGAGCCCAGCAGCUGCACGAACACCUCAGAACUUUAGUGUCCCAUCCCCAGGCCCUUUAAACACUCCAGGAAAUCCAAAUUCUGUCAUGAGUCCAGCCAGUUCUAGCCAAUCAGAGGAGCAACAGUAUCUGGAGAAACUCAAACAGCUAUCAAAAUACAUUGAGCCACUCCGGAGGAUGAUCAAUAAAAUAGAUAAAAAUGAAGAUAGGAAGAAAGACCUGAGUAAAAUGAAGAGUCUCUUAGAUAUCCUGACUGACCCUUCAAAACGGUGCCCUCUGAAGACACUGCAGAAAUGCGAAAUUGCUCUGGAGAAGCUGAAAAAUGAUAUGGCUGUGCCUACUCCACCACCUCCCCCAGUGCCCCCCACCAAACAGCAGUACUUGUGUCAGCCACUUUUGGAUGCUGUUUUGGCCAACAUUCGUUCACCAGUCUUCAACCAUUCCCUUUACCGUACAUUUAUGCCAGCUAUGACUGCAAUUCACGGACCACCAAUCACGGCCCCAGUUGCUUCCCCUCGAAAACGGAAAUAUGAAGAGGAUGAAAGACAGACCAUACCAAAUGUCUUACAAGGGGAAGUUGCAAGAUUAAAUCCUAAAUUCCUGGUGAACCUGGACCCUUCCCACUGCAGUAAUAAUGGCACAGUUCAUCUCAUAUGCAAGCUAGAUGACAAGAAUCUUCCGAAUGUCCCACCACUACAGCUCAGCGUUCCAGCGGACUAUCCAGACCAGAGCCCUCUGUGGAUAAAAAACCCUAGACAGUAUGCAGCCAAUCCCUUUUUGCAGUCAGUGUAUCGGUACAUGACUUCAAAACUAUUGCAACUUCCAGACAAGCAUUCAGUCACAGCACUCUUAAACACCUGGGCACAAAGUAUUCGUCAGGCCUGCCUCUCUGCUGCGUAACAUCUCACUUUCUAAAUUGUGAAGCAAGAAAGAAGGUCUCGACAGCUGGCCUCUUCCACAUGCCACUGGAAAAUCACAGGCAUUUUGGGGAGGGUACUUCAGAAGAAAGAAGCCUUAUGUUGUUUUGUUUCUAGUUGUCAGGUUCAGUAGUGAACCUGAUGUUAGACUUAGCUUUCAUGCUUUUUAUCUUCUGCCUCUGUGGACUUUUGCCAGCAUUUUCAAAUAUACAAAAUAUGUAUAUAUGGUUCUUGAGACUGUAUUAGGAUGAGUUUUUAUUGUCUUCUUAGAGAAGAAAUUAUUUGUGGACUUCCAUCAGGGAGUCUGGUAUAAGAGGGAGUAGGGAGAGAAUGUCCUCAUUUGCUUCAAAGUUUGCUCAGUGCCAGUAUUCCUUUCACACUGUAUGUUUUGUGACCUGAUACUGCCCCAGGAAUAAAUUAGCUGCAACUAGAAUGUGCUUGCAAACUUCUCAGUGGUUGCAAGAAUCUUUUUGGCUAUUUACUUUGCCCAGAGAUGGGAUAAAUUACAGCUUUUUAAGGCAUCCCUCCAAUAUGUGAGAUAAAUCUGGACAAUUAUACUUGGGGGUGGGGAACCAAAUAGAGCAAAAAAAGUAUUUUAUAGCUUAUUUUAAACACUACUUUAUACUGUAUAAAUGGUUUUUGGUUAGCAUGGACCACAUGUUUCUCACUCCAGAAGAGUGAGUUGAUGAGAAAGAAGAGAUACUAACGUGCACACUGACUUCCUCUAUAAACUCAGUAAACGUGUACAUAAAGGUGUGUGUGGGGAAACCCAACAGGAUAAAGCCCUAGUAACACAAAUCAAUCCAGCAGGCUUGUAGCUACAUUUCUUCUUUUACUAAGAGUCUCUCUGAGGCGUCUGGUGUCCUUUGGGAGUUGAUGCAGUUCAGUGAAAAUGCUUCUAUGCUACAUCAGUUUGUUUAAAAAGAAAACAAAAAAACCAACAUAGCUCAGGAGUAGAACUGACAACUAAUAUUUUGUGCCUUGAGCUAUGAUGGGCACUCAAGUCAGUCAUCAGCUGCCUUAUUGUUGGGCACUUCUAACGAAAACCUUUGCCACGAGUAACUCUAAUCUCGUGCAUAGUGCGAUUAUUUUAUCUUCCCCAUGCUUAUAAGUUGCUCACUCUUAAUUUCCUGGUGCAGAAGAAUUUCAAACUUCAGAUGUUCCCAUUAUAUCCUGCUCCAUCUCCCUGUAUUGUGCGGCAAACCUUAAAGAGUAGCUGGGCUCUCUUACAGUAGUGUCAAGAAAUUGCUAUGACCUUCGUAAAUCUGUGUGGUGUCAUCAGUUUUAGGAUGUUUUUAAAUGUGGGUACUUAGUAAGCACUGACUGAGGCAGCAGAAUGCUAUCAGUAUUUUGUACAUGAACUAAUGCAUUAUCUGUUUGUUUCUAUUGUAAUAAAUUUAUUAUUAUUCCUGUGUUGGAUGCUAACAU